CUGCGCGGCGACCGUCUCCCGACCAGGCUUUGCGGUACUAAAUUUGAGCCUUGUAGGCCUCCGUAACCUUCGGGCUAUCCCACGUUCCGGUUUUCUCCUCGGUGUUUUCACGCCUACUCAGCCGGGCUCUGGCCCUCCACGUCAGGGACCUGGCUGUGACGAUGGCGGCUCAAAAGAUAAAUGAGGGGCUGGAGCACCUCGCCAAAGCAGAGAAAUACCUAAAAACUGGUUUUUUAAAAUGGAAGCCAGACUAUGAUAGCGCCGCUUCUGAAUAUGGAAAAGCAGCUGUUGCUUUUAAAAAUGCCAAACAGUAUGAGCAAGCAAAAGAUGCCUGUCUGAGAGAAGCUGUUGCUCAUGAGAAUAAUAGGGCUCUUUUUCAUGCUGCCAAAGCUUAUGAGCAAGCUGGCAUGAUGUUGAAGGAGAUGCAGAAACUACCAGAAGCGGUUCAGCUGAUUGAGAAAGCCAGCACGAUGUAUCUGGAAAACGGCACCCCAGACACAGCGGCCAUGGCUUUGGAGCGUGCUGGAAAGCUUAUAGAAAAUGUAGAUCCAGAAAAGGCUGUACAGUUGUAUCAACAAACAGCUAAUGUGUUUGAAAAUGAGGAACGCUUACGACAGGCAGUUGAGUUACUGGGAAAAGCCUCCAGACUGCUAGUACGAGGGCGCAGGUUUGAUGAGGCAGCACUCUCUAUUCAGAAAGAAAAAAAUAUUUAUAAGGAAAUAGAGAAUUACCCAACAUGUUAUAAGAAAACAAUUGCUCAAGUCUUAGUUCAUCUGCACAGAAAUGACUACGUGGCUGCAGAAAGAUGUGUCAGGGAGAGCUACAGCAUUCCAGGGUUCAAUGGAAGUGAAGACUGUGCUGCCCUAGAACAGCUCCUCGAAGGGUACGACCAGCAAGAUCAAGAGCAAGUGUCAGACGUCUGCAACUCACCACUUUUCAAGUACAUGGACAAUGAUUAUGCCAAGCUGGGCCUGAGUUUGGUGGUACCAGGAGGGGGAAUCAAGAAGAAAUCAGCAGUAGCAGCACAGGCCAAGCCUGAAGGCACUGCUCCCGGUGCUGAGGAGGAAGAGGAUGAAUAUGCCGGCGGGCUCUGCUAGGGCCUGGCUUCACUUCGCACGAGGGAAGGGAAGAAUCCCCACGCACCAUCCGUGGACUUGGAACUUGUCAGGGGGGCCCAGACUCCAUUGCAGUCUUGGUUUUGAAUGCUAAUAAAUACUCAUUUUUAGCUACCAUUUCCCCAGAUCACCCUGUAUACCCACUACCUGUGGCGCAUUUUUUUUUUCUUACCAUGGUGAGAGCUUUUCUAAGACACCAGCAGAAAUUAACACAAAAAUGUACUGUCAUGUUUUAAUGCAGUUGAUUUUCAAAAUUACAAGCCAAAUUCUAGAUAAAUUCCAUCCUAAACAAAAGGGACAAUAGGCAUAGAUAUUCUUUUCUCUCAGGCUCUUAUAAUUUAUUGUUAGAGAAUUUUCUUUGCAUUUUAUUUAACAAUUGCUGCUAAAAGUGAAGUUUACUGGUUAAACAAAAUGGUAUUUAAACAUUUGUUUCAUUCUCUUUUAAAAGGAAAUUUAUCCCCUACUAGGUACAUUUAAAUUAGUAAGUCUUUUCAGAGGUGAGGUUGGUAGAGGAAGCUGUUUUGAGCCCUAAAAUAUAAUUAUCUCAAGAAGAGAUGCAUUUGAAGACUUAUAUGUAAUUUUGAAAGUUUUGAAGGUAGUAUGUUAAAGUGAUUCUGUAAAUUUCUUCAGUUCUUUCUGAAAUAUGAGGAUUUUUCCCACCUAAAAAACCUACAGAGGCUAUCUCCACACCCACUUGGCUCUUGACUGAGAACUGAGGACCUUUUUUUAUGCAUUCUAACAAAGAGGUAAUGUUUCCAUCAAAUGUGUGUACGUAUACAUUUCUUCCCUCUAAAAUAAUUCUGGUUCAUUUAGAGUUGUAACAGGACAGUAACUUGAUGUGAGAAAUGCUGUACAUGACAAAAAUUUAGCAGAAAGGGCAAAAUUGUUUUUGAGUUACUGUACUUAUAUUUUAAGUGCUGUGCUGCCAGUAUUUUAUACUGGUAUUUCCAAAAUGUUAUUUUUGAAGUUUUCCCUUUUCACUCUGUAUGACUUAGACCCAUCUCCCAGUCUGUUAGUCAGAAAGAGGCUCCAAACAUCAGCAGUGGUUUCCUGUGAAUUCGCUGUCUGUCUCUCCAGAGGGUCCUACCUGAUGUGAGUGCAGUGUGGGCUUAGUUUUGCUGGACUUGCUACAAACACUUGUGCAGAUCACUGCAGGCAGCUUUAAUCACAGUUGGUUCCCUGGGAGAACAUAGGCAGAACAUCCUUGUUUGGGUGGAUGGGUGUGUAGAAAUCUUUACUGAAGGUCUGAUUCAAAACACUAACAUUUUGAUUCCUCAAGUAGUUGCAUAGCAGCUCAUUUUCAGUAAUUUGUAUGGAGCUGAACUUUGAACAGUGUCAGUAAAGCUGUGUUUAGGCAUUUGUAUUGUAUGACGCAUUAGUAUUUCAGAGAUCUCGUCAUUGCUGCUCUACCCUUCAGAUCCAGUCGGAAACUUCAGGGGUCUUAUAUUAAUGCCCAUUAAAUAAUUUGUUUAAACAGAUUUGGCACAUUUAACAGAUACUUUAGACAAUUUGUUCAUAGACCAUAUCUAUUUCAGGCAUGGAGCAAUGUUUUACUUUUGCUCUUUUCUUACAUACUAAACAAAAAUGAGGAAUGAGUCAAGUGCACUCCAGCAGCAGUGCACCUGAACCUCCCCACAAGAGGCUUCACACAAGCCCGACCUCUCCACACCCCUGCCCAUGUGUAAAAGCUAAAAGGCAGGACGGCUGGCGUUUGAAUCAGCCUUGUUCUGUGUGGUGUCUAGUUCAGAGCAUUUAUCCCCCUUAUUUUUCCACUGACAUCAGUCUUUAUCCUUACGGGUUAGUCAGCCAUGGAAAACUUGUUGUUUACAACAGGAAAAAUUGUUUUCCAGAACUCAAAUCAUCACUUGUACCAAAGUGAAAGUCUGCAUGAAUAUGCUCAGCAUCUAAUAGUCAAUAUAGUCAGUAAAGUCAGUCUACAGAAUAUAUUUAAUAUAUUGAAUUAAUUUGUACAUUGCAGAGUAUGGUAUUUGUGUAUGCAAUCUGUGCUUUAUUCUUAUUUUUUUCUAGCUCUUUGAUGAGUAGAAUAUUAAAUGUAUUGUUAUAGAAAUGCAGAUUAUUGCUUCUAUAGGAAGAUAAUUAUGAAAAUAAAAUCCAAAAUAUAAGUAUGAUUAUUUUUA